AUUGAAUUUGAGUUUUGUUAUCUACCACCGCUAGUUAUAAUCAACAAUUGGAUCUACUUAGAGGACGAGCUAAUAUUUAAUUAGCUUCAUUUAUUUAUUUAGGAUCUUUCAAAAAUGAAAACAUAGGAAAGUGAAUCCCUAAUGAUAUGUGGACAUAUGGGAUUUUUAUAGCAUUUUUGAAUUAGGGAUGAAAAGAAGAAUUUAUAUAAGUUUAAUUAGAUUAGAAUUUGAGUCAACAGAGUCCAAAAGCAAGGAAAACAAAAUAACAAUAACUUAAAUCUGAUUCGAUGAGUGGGCAAAAUUUAAGGAGGCUAGUUUGGGACUCGAAUACUAAUAAAAUCAGAGGCGUUGGAGUGCCAACUUGGCUUCCACCUACCUUAGGCUUUUUUGGUUUUGGUUUUGGUUUUGGUUUUGGUUUUGGGCAAAUAAUAUUUGCAUAGAGAGAAAGAGAAAAACAUUGAGGAGCAAAAGCUUCCGAGUAGAUCGGUGAAAUUAGCGGUAAGACAUUAAAGCUGACCUAGUUUUCCAAUUUCUCCUCAUUUUUUUAUAUCAAUUUCUUCAACCUUUCCGUUGGGGUUUCCUCAGCCCUCCCAAACUUCUUCCCCUUAGCCGCGUGCUUGCGCGCGGCUCUCCUCCUGCUUUCUCUUUCCAUCUCUCUUUCUCUAGCUCUCUCUCUCUCUCUCUCUCUCUCUCUCUCUCUCUCUCUCUCUCUCUCUUUCUCAUUUUCUCUCUCCUUCAAUUCGAUCCUGGAUUUCCAUCUUGUUUUCCCAAGCGAAUGAAAACAAUAUCAGUCAUGAAAAUACCUUGGAACCUCGCGUUCCUUCAUGCACUGUUACUGUUUUUGAUCUUCGUGUUUUCGAGCGUUGAGAUUUGUAAUGGACAGGAUUAUAUUUUCGACGACGACGAUAAGAAGAAGCCUUCUACCCCGCCGGCACCUCCGCCAGAGCAAAACGACUGCAAUGGCAUCUUUCUGUCGUACAACUUCAUUUCCAGAGAGAAAGAGCUUCCCCAUGUCAAGAACGUUUCGGCUCAGGCAUGGGCGUUUAAGUCCGAGAUUACCGUUUUGAAUGCUGGAGCGGAGGAGCUUCCGGCGUGGAAGAUGUUUGUUGGGUUCCAGCAUAAAGAGCUUUUGGUUUCCGUUGAUGGUGGUGUCGUUAUGGAUGGUAGUGAUUUCCCUGUUGAUGUUAGCAAUGGGACCUACUUUUCCGGAUUCCCUCAAUCGGAUUUGAAGACGUCCAUCGAAACGGCCGGAGAUAUUAACCAGAUUCAGGCAAAGCUUACGAUCACCGGAACACAGUUCGGUCUCAGGUCGAAUUCGAUUCCAAUGCCCAAGUCAAUAAGGCUUGAGAACGAUGGCUUCAAGUGCCCGGCAUCUCGUCAACGUGGGAAAAGCACAAUGUUCGUAUGCUGUAAAAGAGACCCAAAGUACAAGGCCAAGAAACCAAAAGCAACAAAAUUCUUGCCCCGCCAGAACGGUGAUCUAUCUCUCACCUACGAUAUCCUUCAGGCCUACGGCGCUAACUAUCUAGCCCAAGUAACCAUCGACAACAACAACCCGUUGGGCCGUCUCGACCAUUGGAAUCUAACAUGGGAAUGGAUGAGGGGAGAGUUCAUCAACAACAUGAGAGGUGCUUACACCCACAAAAAAGACCCUUCGGGUUGCAUCUACGGCGCAGCCGGAAAAUACUACCAGGACUUGGACUUCUCUCAGGUCAUGAACUGCGAGAAGAGACCCAUCAUCUCCGACCUUCCUAGCGAAAAAGCAAACGACGACAAAGUGGGUAAGCUUCCAUUCUGCUGCAGAAAUGGAAGCCUGCUGCCCACUCAAAUGGACGAGAGCAAAGCGAGGUCCAUUUUCCAACUUCAAGUGUUCAAAAUCCCGCCCGAUAUCAAUCGGACGGCUCUCAAUCCUCCACAGAGAUGGAAGAUAAACGGCAUACUGAAUCCGAACUAUAUAUGCGGCCCACCGAUCAGGGUGGACCCCACAGAGUUUCAGGACCCGAGUGGGCUCCAGGCUACGUCGGCGGCGAUAGCCAGCUGGCAGGUGGUAUGCAACAUCACGCGGCCAAAGUUGAAGCAAACCAGAUGCUGCGUUUCGUUCUCUGCAUUCUACAACGACUCGGUUAUCCCGUGCAAUACUUGUGCUUGUGGUUGUGAAGAUACCGAUACGGAUACUUGCAAUCCAAAUGCUAAGCCAUUGCUUCUUCCUCCCGAAGCUGUUCUCAUUCCGUUCGAUAAUCGGACCGAAAAAGCCAAAGCUUGGGCAAAACUUAAACAUCUCCCCGUCCCCAAGAAACUUCCGUGUCCUGAUAAUUGCGGCGUCAGCAUCAACUGGCAUAUAAACUCCAACUUCAGAACCGGUUGGACUGCCCGGAUCACGCUGUUUAAUUGGGAAGAUUACUCAUUCGAGGAUUGGUUCGCUGCGUUUCAGAUCAAGAAAGCUUAUGCUGGUUUCGAAAAUGUUUACUCUUUUAAUGGAACCAGGUUGCCCAAUCGCAAGGAUACCAUCUUCAUGCAGGGAUUGAAGGGUUUGAAUUUCUUGGUUGGCGAGACAAAUGGGUCGCACCCGGAUACGGAUCCGAGAGUUCCCGGAAAGCAACAAUCGGUGAUCUCUUUCACGAAGAAGAAGACGCCUGGGAUAAGUAUUAAAGAAGGUGAUGGAUUCCCGACGAGAGUGUUCUUCAAUGGGGAAGAAUGUGCACUUCCGACGGAGAUACCGAAAGCCAGUGCAGUGAGAUCCCGAGUCAGUUUUGUUUCGGCUCUUCUUGUUGCUGUGAUGACUUUGGUGUUCUUGAUAGAUCGCUUCCAUUGAUUUGUAAAAUAUUUGUUCCGGUUUGAUUUUGCAGGGAGAGAAUCGAUGUUUCAUGCAUGCACUGGGUCAAGAUGAGGGACUCGUAAUUACUUUGAAGGAAAAACAGAAGAGAUGUAAAACGAUUAUUGGAAAUAUUGUUAAGUUUUUAAGUACAAAGGAGUACUUAAUAUUAUAUUAAAAAAAGAAAAAAUGAGGAACGGAUUCUCUCGAUGUCUCAACGCAAGGUCGAUGAUAUAUUUGUAAUAGAGUAAUUCCUGACUUUUUUAUUUUAUUAUUAUAAUUUUUUGUUUCCUUGUAUUAUUCAAUGAAGCUCGCAGGAUAAGUUUAUUGCUCUAUAUCCAACUUUCAAAAAAAAAAAAAAAAAAAAUCAUUUCAACUAUA